UUAUUUUUAAAUGGCGCAGAUUUUUUUAAAAUGUGAAUUAUUAUUUCAAUUGCUUUUUCUUGAAUUUUUGUGAGUUGUGGUUAUGAGCGAACUAGAAUUAUUUAAAAGAUGUAAUAUUUACUAAAUCUUUUUAGUAUUUUAUUCAGGUUCAAAAUACAUAAGCAAACAAUAUUGUUCAACUAUUUUACAAAGCUUAUUAACUUUACUACACUAUUUUAAACAUAGCACGUGCAAUAAACGCGAAUUUUCGUGAUAUCACGUGUCGACACGUGCCGGGUCGAAUUACUGCUUUAUACUGUUUAUUUUAUGGGGUAGAAUAAAUAUUUGUAACUUAAAAGGCUAUGUUUAUAAGUGGUAAUCCCUUUAUGAGCUAUUAGUGUUUACAUUGUAUGUGACUAGGAUUGUUGAUUAUUUAAGCAACAAACAGAUGAAUUCAAACGUAGUAAAAAGGCAUUUACUUUCGAACAAUGGCUUUGAAACCUACUACCUGCAAAGAAGCAAUAGCUCGUUGGGAAAAACAAAAGGGCGAAUCAGCAGCAGAUGCGAAAGUUAUAGAACUUCAAUUUCAGUGGCCUCCAAUUGAGAAAAUGGAUGGCGCGCUUUCCACUCUAGUGAGUUGCGAAAAAUUAAGCUUAUCGUCCAAUAUGAUCGAUAAAAUAGCCGGGAUUGCGGGAAUGAGAAAUCUUAAGAUAUUGUCUCUUGGAAGAAACUACAUAAAGUCAUUGUCAGGCGUGGAAACUGUGGCAGAUAGCCUUGAAGAGCUAUGGAUCAGCUACAAUCCCAUCGACAAGCUGAAAGGUAUUGGAGCACUAAAGAAUCUCCGCGUCCUAUAUAUGGCCAAUAACGCUGUCAAGGAAUGGGUGGAAUUCAACAGAUUACAGGAGUGUCCGGCGCUACGAGACUUAGUAUUUACUGGCAAUCCCAUAUGCGAAAAUCAACCGGACAUCGAUACAUGGCGCGCUCAGGCAGCGAACAGAUUGCAACAAAUUAUAAAACUUGACGGCAUACCGAUUCUUAGAGAUUAAAUAUUUAAAAUGUAGACAAAUUAAAAUUUACAUAAUUUAAUUUUAGAAUUAUAAUAUUCGUUAUACACAUGCCAUUACAUGUCAAUUACAGAACUA